UCCUCUGACGACAGUUGCCGAGAUCGAGUGUGGAAAUCAACUCUGUACCAUGUUCGGUUAUAACAUGGAUACUACAAAGCUAGAUCUUCCAGUUAGUUGGGGCCACAUUACUUGUGGUGGGACAGUUGCGAAUCUGGAAUCUACUUGUCUCAAAUUCUAUCCAUUCUCCAUCUUCAAGGCUAUGAAGCCUGGCGGCUUGCUCAAUUUUGUCUCUGAAAACUUCCGAAUCAAGACCUGCAAGGGAGAGGAAAAGCUCUUCCUUCAACUGGACAGCUGGGAACUUUCGAACUUAAGACCUCAUGAUAUCUUGGACAUCCCGGAUCGCCUGGGGCGAGAAUAUGAUAUCUCUCCAACUUUCAUGGCAACAGUUCUGUCGAAGUAUAGCAUUCAGGAGACGGGGAAGGAUGUACUUACGAGAGAGUUCGACCUGAAAGAUCCCCAGUAUAUGCUGUCAACAACUCGCCACUAUUCAUGGCCCAAGGGAGCUGCAAUCGCAGGUAUCGGCGCGUCCAAUGUCAUUGGUAUUCCGGUUGAUCCCAGUGCCCGGAUUGACAUCAAUAAGCUGAGAGAUCGUUUGCACCAGAAUCUCGCAACGAAGCAAUCCGUUUAUGCUGUCGUGGCAAUCAUCGGUUCCACCGAAGAAGGAUCAGUUGAUGAUCUGACUGGAAUAUUGGAGGUCCGGGACGAGUUUCAGAAGCUUGGAAUGUCAUUUUUGGUUCAUGGAGAUGCAGCCUGGGGAGGCUACUUUGCAACCAUGUUGCCCACUGAUAUUCACAUGAGUCCGGGUCGUGCCAAGCGCGGGAGCAGGGAUUCGAGUUUCGUACCCAACUCAGCACUUCGUACCGAGACCCAAGAGGAUCUUUUCGCUUUGAGAUUUGCUGAUUCAAUCACUGUUGAUCCUCACAAAGCAGGGUAUGUGCCGUAUCCUGCUGGUGGCUUGUGCUAUCGUGAUGAGCGAAUGAGGUAUCUCGUUACGUGGACUAGCCCAUAUCUUUCACGAGGUGCUUCGACUAGCAUGGGAAUCUACGGUGUUGAAGGAAGCAAACCAGGCGCUGCUGCGAUGUCCACUUGGCUUUCCAACACUUGCAUUGGAAUGGGGGUAGAAGGGUACGGAGCACUUCUUGGUGAAGUAACAUUUACCUGCAGCAGGUUCUCGGCAGAAUGGGCAGCUAUGACCUCCCCGGACAUGGACUUCAAAGUCGUCCCUCUCAACAUGCUUCCGUCUGAGAUGGAACCUGGUUCCACACCCCAAAAGGUAGAAGCUGAGAAACAGAGAAUUCGUGAUACUAUUCUAUCCAAAACGAAUGCAGAGAUCGUUGCAGCGGACGCUGGCAAGCCAGAAAGCGAAAAGUCACUAACACUUCUCCGUGCUCUUGGUUCGGACUUGAACAUUAACGCAUUCACUCUCAAUUUUCGUCUCGAAUCGGGAGUUUGGAACACUGACGUCGAAGAAGCCAAUUACUUGAUGUCAAGAGUUAUACAACGACUCUCGGUAUAUUCCCCGGACGACGAUAUAUCGGCCCUCGAGUUCGUGUUAACUUCCACCGAUUUCUCCAAAGAGCUCUAUGGCGACUGCAUGGCAAACUUCAAGACUCGCUUGGGACUAAGAGUAGAUGACAUUGAUUUAAUGGUCCUCCGCAACGUGGUCAUGAGUCCAUGGCCCACAGCUCAAAAUUUUGUUGGGACGCUCGCUGGAAUUUUCAAGAGGAUCGUUGAGGAAGAAAUCAAAAAACGUAAUUCAACAUCUCCUACGCGCCAUCACUUACUUUUGCAAGGCAAACAGACGUUGUAUAUGAUACACAUCCCAACCUUCAUGGUCGCAAACCACCGGCAACAACUUAUCGUCGAGGUCGAGAUUGAUGUCGAGAGCAAGAAGAAAUAUCUCAGUUUCAAGGAGCAAAAUGCAUCAGAGCAAAUAUAUCUUCUCACUCAUCCAAUUCAACUACCGAAAACGCUGAGUCCAGGAACCAAGUUCUCAGCCGAGAUCAAAACAGAUAAAGCCAUUAUCGUGCCUCAUACAACAGUAACAAUCAGUCAAGUGGUGAAGAGUCGACCCUUGAACUCAGCUUUUCGAGAUAGCAACUACCCAAAGACGUUCACAUCAUUCUAUCUCUUUGGGAACAAAGAAGAAGUGAACAUCGACCACAUGCUGCUCCUAGCACCGAACUCUCAGUUCACAGCUGAAGACGUCAAACUGGACCUCAACCGUCCACUUACCGAUCAAGAGCUUGUCAAUGGACCUUUACUUUAUGUCCAGGAUUUUCGAGAAGAGCCCAGCCAACCUUUCCCUAGCAACGCAGAUCUUCAAGCCAGCAAGACAUUCUGGUUCAAGCCAGGAAGAAAGAUGGCAGUGAAAGUGUAUCGAGACACAUUUCCUGCUACUGCUAGUGGUCCAGGCUUGACGAAAGGUUACGAGAAUCCCGAGAACGAGCUUGCGUCUGGAUAUAUGACGCUUGGUGACCACGUAUUCGUUGACACCGAGCACAUGAACUUGGACCCGUUCAAGAAGCCAGAGAGAGUUGUUCAGUGGCAGGAGGAGUUCAAUAAGAUUGGAGAGAGUAUGAGGUCCAUUCCACACCACAAGUAAGGUAGAGGGAGGUGAUGG